GUUUAGUUGACCUCACAGGGCGGCAAAUAUCCUUCAAACAGUUGGCAUCAUGCGUGCAAGUGGCGAGCUAAAACUGUUUUCCGUUGUAGGCCGUAAGCUCCCAACACCUAAAGAGCCGAAACCUGUCCCUUACAGAAUGCGGAUAUUUGCUCCUAAUUCAGUUGUAGCCAAAUCACGUUUCUGGUAUUUCAUUAGAAAGCUGAAAAAAAUGAAGAAAGGUAGCGGUGAGAUAAUUUCUUGUGAAAGAAUACACCCAAGAAAGCCAUUGAUGGUCAAGAAUUUCGGGAUUUGGCUGAGAUAUGAUAGUCGAUCAGGAACGCACAAUAUGUACAAGGAAUAUCGCGCUCUGACGGAGGAGAAUGCAGUAACUCAAUUAUACCGUGAGAUGGGUGCUCGUCACCGUGCGCGAGCAGAAUCUAUACAAGUGAUUAGAGUAGAGUCGUUACCAGCAUCUAAGUGUCGUCGUCCAUAUGUCACACAGUUCCACGACAGCAAAUUGAAAUUCCCUCUGCCUCAUCGUGUGAGUCGUCCUCUUCACCAUCCAAGGUUUACGACAAGAAGACCUACAACAGCCUUCUAGUUAUCCAAUAAAUUUGAAAGGUUACUUGUAUUCGUUUUUUCUCAAGUGUUAAUAUAUUGCAUACCGGG